AGACUCCGAGGGCGAGGUCAUGACUCAUGCCCAUGCCUGGGCCCAGGGCGUCCUUGCUGCAGCACAGCUCAGUACAGCAGCACCUCAAAAGGGAAUGCCCAAUUUUGCUUAUUCCCUUCUCUUCGGCCGCCAUUUCCCCUUGCUUGCUGCCGCCCCUCUAAGUUGCCGCUUGCCUCCCUCUUCUGGUUUGUUGAGAUACAACUGCUGGACAGUAUCUGGGGCAAAGCAGUGACGCUUCAGCAAAGUGUAGGUCGUAAAAUGGCGUCUUCAAUUUGUGCUGUUUCUGGCAAGUCAUUGCUAACAUCUUUCACAGGCUCUGCACAGCGGUUGCGGGGGGACUUGUCGCCUUUUUGCUUGUGGCCUCAGGUUUUGAACAGAGCCAACCCACAGUUGCAACAAGAUUCUCGUUUUGCUUCUUGCAUUACUGCUUACCAGCGUUCCGAUGUGCGCAUUCGAAGGCCCUCGGCGCAGGUAUCGGCCCGAUUGUAUGCAGCAGCCGCGUCCGAAGCCCCAGGUGUGCGGAGCGUCCCUGUGCAAGUUGCAAAAGAGCUUGUUGAUGCAGGACAUCACUAUGGCUGCUUGAGUGGAAAGCGUUCCAUGCUAGCAACUACGGAGCUUUUGCGAGAGGAGUUCACGAAUGUAACGGACGUUGGAGGGGGUUUCCAAGCUUGGGAAAAGUCGGGACUGCCUGUAAUGAAGUCGGCUCAAGUUGCUUAGAAAGCUCAAGCCGCCCAUACUAUAGCUGUAAAGAUUGAUUGUGUUUGGUUUGGGCUUUGUAUUCGCAGCACAUGCAAGGUACCUGUCGAAAGGCAAGGAUAGUUUUAAAGACAGAAGUCAAUCAUUGCUUUGAAGGAAGACCGUUUGACCGAGUCAAAUCAAGAGCCCGUUCAGAACUUGUAUAAAGAACACACAACAGCCAGGAAACAAUGCCACUGCGAGGUUUGGGAUUACAACAUGACUUGUAAGAUAGCUCGAAAAACGAAGAUCAAGUAGACACGUACAUUCGGAGUUGUGCCAGUAUGGUUGACCGGCAGGCUCUUUGAUUGUUUAACGGAUUGUUGUUGCCCGCUCUCAUAUGGGCUCUGGACUUUGGGGAAAGAUCGAUGUUGCGACACUUCACUGAGGAAUAUUAAGCUCAAAGAUAGUAAGCUUUAACACUAACACUAAAAAUCUGACCCACAAAAUCACCCGCUCCGCACCCGAAGUCACCGGCCCUAACCCCUAAACUAAACCCACCCG